GUGAUGGGCUUCCCUUCAUUGGGGGUGUUUUAAACAGAGGCCAAAUGGCCCGCCACCAGGGAUGCUUCAGCUGGGAUUCCCGCAUUGCUAGAUGACCCUUGGAAGUCCCUUCCGACUCUGCAGCUGUGAUUCUAGGCUGUGUGCCUAGUCUUGAACGGGUACCAGGCCUGGAGACCUCGGAGGAUGAGGCAGGCACCCCGCAGGUCAAGCGCUUUGAGGAGAAGGAGGAGGCAGGGCCCUCUGAAUUGAGUGCUGUGGAUCCCUCUGGGCUGACGUCUGGUGAAGAACCUAUGGAGGUGGAGCUGCUGGAGAAGGUGGAGCCGCCACCACCCAGUCCUCGAGAGGGUGCCAGAAGCUUGAGGUCGGCGCUGAAGGGCGAUCACACAGCAUGUGCCAACAGACCCAGGGUUCUGCAUAAGGGAGAUACUCACAAGGAAGCAAUCCCUGCCAGCACUUGUGGUCAGGGUGUGGUUCAGGGCGGCAGAGUAUAUAUGGUCUCCCUUGUGAGACUUCUCAUUCUUGGAAAUGCUACUGAGUCUAGGCGCCCAAACACUUUUGCCUGAAUUCCCCGGGUUCUAGAUCUUGGAAGGUUUGUCUCUGGCUUCAUCCCUGUUCGGACCCGGACAGAUUCUCUGUGCUUGACCACGCUGGAUUUGGACUGGGCUUCACUGGCAACCCUGCCCUUGUUGUCUCUGGACCCAACACCAGCUCCGUCUCUGUAGCCCCCAAUUCUGGCAGCAUGCUAAGCUUCCCAGAAAUAAUCCGGAAGAAGCGGGAUGGGGAGAAGCUGCAGCAGGAGGAGAUCCUCUACUUUGUCCAAGCUGUGUCCAGCAAGGCCUUGCAGGAAGGGCAAAUUGGAGCGAUGCUGAUGGCCGUCCGACUACAGGGCAUGGAGCCUGACGAGACUCUGGUGUUGACGCAGGCAAUGGCUACAUCAGGGAGGGUCCUUGAAUGGCCGGCGAAAUGGCAAGGGCUCCUGGUGGACAAGCACUCCACUGGGGGAGUGGGCGACAAAGUCAGCCUGCCUCUGGCACCAGCCUUGGCUGCCUGUGGCUGUAAGGUGCCCAUGAUCAGUGGCCGAGGUCUGGGCCACACCGGAGGCACGCUGGACAAGCUGGAGUCCAUACCUGGCUUCACGGUCUCCCAGAGCCCAGAACAGAUGAAGCAGAUCCUGGAAAAGGUUGGUUGCUGCAUUGUGGAGCAGAGUACGGAGCUGGUCCCAGCAGACAAGGCCCUCUAUGCCCUGAGAGACGUAACAGCCACAGUGGACAGCUUGCCCCUCAUCACAGGCUCAAUCCUGAGCAAGAAGGCUGCGGAGAACAUCUCUGCCCUGGUUCUGGAUGUGAAGUUUGGCAGCGCAGCCCUUUACCCCACUCUGGAGAGUGCCCAGCAGCUGGCUGAGAGCCUGGUGUCUGUUGGGACCCAGCUAGGGAUAAGCACAUCGGCGGUGCUCAGCAAGAUGGACGGACCUUUGGGGUGUCGUGUGGGUCACUCCUUGGAGGUCCUUGAAUCCUUGGAGUGCUUGGAAGGACAAGGACCUGGGGAUCUCUGUGAGCUGGUGACCACGCUAGGAGGAACCUUGUUGUGGCAGUGCGGGAGAGCCAGCUCUGCUUCCCAAGGCGCUGCCCACAUUGCCAAAGCCCUGGACAAUGGCUCUGCCCUGAGGACUUUCCAAGCCAUGCUGGAAGCGCAAGGGGUGGAGGCCAGCGUGGCCCAUGCCCUAUGUGCCGGGGAUCAGGAACAGCGCUUCCGGGUGCUGGGGCAAGCCUGGGCGCAGGAGGAACUGGGGGCUCUGUGUGACGGGACAGUCCAGCAGAUCCUCGGCCUCCCCAUUGCCCGGGUAAUACACGGUCUGGGAGGCGGCCGCAGCCAGAAGGGGCAAAUGAUCAAUCACAGAGUGGGAGCUGAGGUGCUGGUCUCUGUGGGGCAGAAAGUUAGGAAAGGGGAUCCGUGGAUCCGGGUCCAUUAUGAGAACCCAGAGCUGGGCGACGCUGGCCGGCAUGAGCUGCAGGAGGCGUUGAUCCUGGAAGACUCUGAGCCCUUCGUUCCUGGUUCAAAGGUGGCAAGGACUAUUCUCCCACAGGGCCAGUGGGCCAGGGCAGAUAAAGAUUAGCAGGACUCAAGAGGGCUGAACAAAGUCAGGACGAG